CACCACAUCCGCGCCUGCAGGAGCAGCACACACCGCGCUCACACACCACCACCACUCCGCUCGGUCUCUCUCUCUCGCCUGCGAUGGAUCUGCUGGAGGAAGACCUGACGUGCCCGAUAUGCUGCUGUCUCUUCGAGGACCCACGUGUGCUGCCGUGUUCACACAGUUUCUGUCGGAAGUGUCUGGAAGGCAUCCUGGAGGACAACCGAAGCCCAGUAUGGAGACCUCCGUUCAAAUGUCCGACGUGCAGAAAGGAAACCGCGCACAACGGCAUCUCGAGCUUGCAAGUGAACUAUUCCCUGCGCAGCAUCGUGGAGAAGUACAACAAGAUCCGUGCGAGCCCGAGAAUGUCUCAGUGUCGCGCUCACAGCGGACAACCACUGAACAUCUUCUGUGCCACGGAUCUGAAGCUCAUCUGCGGCUUUUGCGCCACUACAGGAGAACACAAAGGGCACAAGUUCUGCGCGCUGGAGGAGGCGUACGAGCGAGAGAAGGUCGCCUUCGAGGAGCUGCUGCGCGCCGUGGAGAGCUGGAAAGGCGCUGAGGUGCUCUCGUGCCUGGAAGCGCUCGAAGGGGCGAAGAAAAAAGCGCUGCAGUUGGCGUCGAGAGACGUGGAUCGGGUGGCGGAGUAUUUCGAGAAGCUGCUCCGCGCGCUCGAGCACAAGCGCAGCGAGAUCCUUUCGGACUUCGAAACCCUAAAGCUUGCGGUCAUGCAAACCUUUGACCCGGAGAUCAACCAGCUCCGCUCGGCGCUCGAGGAACAGCAGCGCGCGCUGAACCUCGCCGAGUCGUUCCGCUCGCUCACCGACCCGCUCACCUUCUUGCAGUGCAUGCAGGACUUCCGCGAGAAGGUGCGCGCUAUCCGCGAGACGCCGCUGCCCGCGCGCACGGACGUGGAUGUUGGUGCGCUCGUGCCAAACUUCGACGUGCACGAGUGGGACCGUGUACGUCUGGGAGACGUGGACGCGCUGCGCGCUCCGCACGAAGGCGGCGCUCUCCGGUCGCCAGCGGCUCGCUUUGGCCCCCCGCGUCUCUCCCGGAGCCUGUGGAGCUUCGUCGUGCUGGCGUGCGCGUGCCUGUGCCUGUGCGCGUGCCUGUGCGCGCCGAACUUUCUCACCUCAGACUGUUUCGCUCCGAGUCUCUUCUCGGCUAAAGCGGUGCCCGCGCUUGCCGGCGUCUCCGUACCCGCUCCUGCAGAAAUGCUGCGGUGGCUCGUGUGUUGCUGGCAGGAGGUGGCAGGAGUGUGCGCGCUCCUCACCGAGCUCUGCAGGAACUGCAUUACUGAGCUCAUCGACACCACGUCAGAGUUUAUCAGCUGAUCUUCAGCCGGUGGACUUUUCUCCUGUGCCGUCUCAGGCUGAGGUGCACAGAUGCCUUGAAAUACACCUUAACGCUUAUUACCGCAGCAUGGACUUGAAAUACAAGCCUAAGUAUUUCACCUGUUUGUUUGGUUUGUGUGUGUGUGUGUGUGUGUGUGUGUGUGUGUGUGUGUGUGUGUGCAUUAUUGAAUUUGUAAUUACAGUGUUUUUGUUUUUUUUUUACAGCUCAAAUCCACAGUCAACUUGUGUGUUAAUUAAAGUGGGUCGUGUCGAAAGAAAGGCUAGUUAUUUUUAGUUAACUGAAAUAACUAUGGGUGGUGGUUUUAGAUUUGGUUAAGGCUCAAAGUAUGAUACUGGUCACCAAAUGACUUGCUUGGUUAGAAUUAAGUCGCGCAAGAUGUUGAGGUUUACUAAACUUGUUUUCCAAACCUCUUUCAAAGAAUUAAAACCAGACAUGUUCUCUCACAAUGAAAAUCACUGGGCUGGAAGACGGGGAUCCCCAUGCACAACCUCCUCCAGUCCCCACACACCGGCUCAUCUUUUUUUUUUUUAAAACCUUUUUCCCUACAAUACUGUUUUUGUUUUUAUUAGUAGUGGAUUUUAUCUAUGUUAAAUAAAAGCAGGAAACUCAAGGUUAAAUGUUACAU